AUGAACAACUUCACUUUCUUCACUGAGUUCAUCCUCCUUGGGCUGUCUGCUGACUGCCACAUCCAGACUCUGCUCUUUGUGCUGUUCCUGGGAAUUUACCUCCUGACCCUGUUGGGGAAUCUGGUAAUGAUCCUGGUGAUCAUAGGGGAUUCUCACCUCCACAUCCCCAUGUAUUUUUUCCUUGGACAUCUGUCCUUCCUAGAUAUCUGCUUCUCUUCAGUUACUAUGCCCCAAAUGCUACAGAACUUCUUAUCUCAGAAGAAAAGCAUCUCAGUGUGGGGCUGCAUUACCCAGAGUUUCUUUUUUCUUCUCUCUGGGUGUGCUGAAGCCAGUCUUCUCUCUGCCAUGGCCUAUGACCGCUAUGCUGCUGUCUGCCACCCCCUGCUCUACACCAUGGUCAUGAACAGGCCUCUCUGCAUGGUAAUGGUUAGUGCAGCAUGGGUGAUGGGGUUUCUCUUCUCACUAAUAAAUAAUCUUUUCAUCCACAAGUUACAUUUCUGUGGGUCCAACAUUAUCUCCCACUUCUGCUGUGAGCUUCCCUCACUCUUCCCUCUGUCAUGUACUGAUCCCACUGCCAACAAAUUCCUUCUGUCAGGGUCCAGUGCAUUUCUGGGACUGCUGACACUUCCCCUGAUCCUCUUCUCUUACUCCAGAAUCAUUUCUGCCAUUCUGAACCUCCGCUCCUCUGAGGGCCAAGCCAAAGCCUUCUCUACCUGCUCCUCCCACCUCACCGUGGUGCUCUUGUUCUAUGGGACAGCUCUAUUCAGGUACAUCAGCCCCACCUCAGGCUCAGUGUUGGAGCGAGUGAUCUCCAUUCAGUACAGUGUGAUUACAUCCUUGCUGAACCCCCUCAUCUACAGCCUCAAGAACCAGGAGGUGAAGGCAGCUCUGCAGAGGAUGCUGAGGCAGUAA